CUUCUUUCAAAGGGAUACAAAAAUAUAUUCUGAAUUUUGACAGGUGCGAGGAAAUGAAAGUAGACGUCACUGUAAUUAUGCUGCAAUUUAUAUACUUUUUGUUUAAAAUUAAUAUGUAACUUCAUGUCUCACAGAAGGAAUAUGACUGAAAAUAAUUCUAAUCAGGCUACAAUGGGCUCCAAUAGUAAUCAGAAUUGGAUGAGGUUAAAUCUGCCCAUCAAUAACACUGGAGCAAUCUCAAAUCAGGUCGGAAAUGCCGUUUCUGGCAUAAUGCCAACAAUAAUGGGACAUAAUCCACAUAGAAUAGUUGUAUCUAGAUCGUCUUCGGUUGAUGCCAAUCCUUCGCAACCAACACCUGUUACACAAACUAGUACUGACAAUGUUAAUAAUGACUUUGUACUGGAUUUAAACAGACUUCAGCAUAAUCCGGACCCUGCACAUUCACAUGACUUUUUACACCAAGGACUACAGAUUGAUCCAGAGAGCCUUCAGGAUUUUGGAUCGGAUGAAAAUAUGAAUGAAAAUCAUGAACAUUCCCAUGAGAGACGGACUCCCCCGCUGACUCAUCUGUUGUCUAACUCUAUAAUCUUUAUUGUUAUUGUAUUGUUUAAGUUACUUUCUGAUCAUAUUUUGGGUGUGGUUGUGUUUCUCUGUAUGGGUGUAACAUUUAUUUAUGCAAAUAACAAACUUCAAGGCUUAGUUCAUCAAACUUCACUUAGGGAUGUGAAUCACUUUCGGUAUAUAUUCUCUUUCCUACAAUUAGCUGGAUUGAUGGCAGCCAAUAUGGCUACUGUGUAUUACGUCUUCAGAGACCAAGAGUUAUGGAAAUUAUUGUUAUUCCAGAUGCCCAAUGGUUGGACGGCCGAUUUCUGGUUAUUUUUGUGGAUGAUGGUGGUCACAGAUUACAUUUUAAAAUAUGCCACCAUCAUAUUUAAAUGUCUGAUAUCUGUUGUUCCAUUCAGUAGUAAGAAAAGGGGAAAGUAUUAUAUGUUCAUAGAACAUGUGAUGCAGUUAUACAGAUUAGUUGUUACAGUGUUGCCAUGGUUUCACUUCCUGUCAGAUGAUGUGUCUUUUAUAUUUGCUGCUGUUUUAUUAUUAGUUUAUUUUAUAUUUAAGCUAAAUAAUACAAUGGUAAAAAUCCAAGAUGUAUACAAUGCUGUUGGUAGACUCAGAACAGAUAUUUCCUAUGGAACCCGACCAAGCCAAAGUGAUAUAACAUCUAGAGAAGAAAGUUGUCCCAUCUGCCAAGAUGAUUAUAAAGAUCCAGUGAUGUUGGCUUGUAAACAUAUCUUUUGUGAGAGUUGUGUUACAGUCUGGUUUGAUCGAGAAAAGACAUGCCCGAUGUGUAGGACUCAGAUCCAUGCUGAGAAUCCAGAGUGGAAAGAUGGAUCAACAAGUGUCCACAUUCAGUGGUAUUGAAACGUCUGAAUAAUAACAUUAAGAAAUCAACAAACUCGUAGAUUAAGAGAUAAAAGAGACAGCUUAAAAUAUCUGUAAAAGUGUUUUGGCAUUGAUGGAUGGGGAUUAUUUACUGUGGAUUCAUUUAUUUUCAUUAGUACGAAUUUUCUUGGAUUGAGGAAAACGUACACUUUUGUGGAUAUUUAAUUUUAUCUUUUUUCAAAAUCUGCACUCACAAAAUCAACGAAAAUUGGUUUAAAUCAAAAAUAAAAGAAUCCACAGUAUCAGAAAAAGUUUUUUGGCAUAGAUUGAUGGGCAAUAACUGUGGAUUUAUUUAUUUUCAGCGCAACCAAUUUUCUUGGAUUAAAGAAAACUUACUUUUUCGUGGUUAUUUGAUUUCUUGUUAUUGCCAAAGUCUAUAACCUUGAGUACAUAUGUGAGGGAGGGUAGCCAGGAUCCUGAUCUCAAAUUCCCUGUCUUAAAAACACAAAAUCACGAAAUCCCGGGCUUAAAAACACGUAAUCUCGAGGUCCAGAAAAUUCAAAAACAAGAAUUCCCGGAUCCCAAAAGGGUCAAUCCCGAAAUCCUGAGCUUAAAAACACCCGAUCCCGGAGUCCUGAUAAAUGUCCUAUCCUCCCUCAUCUGUAAUUUUGUUGAACACUAAAUUUGAUGGUUCAUCUGUACCAUCAAAAUCCACAAAAAUUAGUAUCAAACAAAUAAUAAGGAAUCCACAGUACGACUUUAGUGUUAUAAACGGUAGUGGACACAUUUGUUAUGCCCCACCUACGAUAGUAGAGGGGCAUUAUGUUUUCUGGUCUGUGCGUCCGUUCUUCUGUCCGUUCAUCUGUCCGUUCGUCUGUCCGUUAGUCCGUCCGUCUGUCUGUCCUGCUUCAGGUUAAAGUUUUUUGUCAUAGUAGUUUUUGAUGAAACUGAAGUCCAAUCAACUUGAAACUUAGUAUACAUGUUCCUUAUGAUAUAAUCUUUCUAAUAUUAAAGCCAAAUUAAAAUUUUGACCCCAAUCUCACAGUCUACUGAACAUAGAAAAUAAAAGUGUGAGUUUCAGGUUAAAGUUUUUAGUCAAGGUAGUUUUUGAUGAAGUUGAAGUCCAAUCAACUUAAAACUUAGUACACAUGUUCUCUAUGAUAUGAUCUUUCUAAUUUUAAAGCCUAAUUAUAUUUUUUACCCAUUUUCACGGUCCAUUGAACAUGGAAAAUGAUAGUGCGAGUGGGGCAUCCGUGUACUUUGGACACAUUCUUGUUUUUAAUUGUUUUCUGAGGAAAAUAAUGUAUUGCAUAUAAUUGUUAUUAUAAUUAUUAUAUUAUAAUUAAUAUAGUGUCAAAAAUAUGAAAGUGAGGCAAGUAUUUUGCUCUUUUAUGUGAAUUUUGUAUGUACUGGUAUAUAUUCACAUAAAAAGCUAAUGAUUUUGUUAUUGGUAACAUUUUAAAUAAAAGUAAACUUGUACUUUAACACAAUACAUGCAUAACCUGUAUGUUACCCAACACAUUGUUUAUUAGUUCAUAAAGGUCAAUGUUUUUAGGUCAUGUUAAAUUAUUAACAUUUUUUACAUGUUUGCUCCUUUGUGCAAAGUUGGAAUGUAUAUGACACUACUGUAAAAUGCCUUUUCACAUACAGAAACAAGAAACAGACCUUAUGAGGGCUGUAUAGCCAGUCAAGGUGAUAAAACAACUCCCAUCAUAAUCAACAAGUAACCCAGUGUUGGAUCCAGGGGGAGGUUUCUGGGGGUUGGAACCCUCCUUUAUUUAAAUGAUCAAUGUAUUUGAAUGUGAAAAUAAAGUUGGACCCCCCUUUUUGUCCUGGGUUGGGAAUCCCCUUUUUAAAAUGGCUGGAUCCUCCCCUGUAACUGAUGUGAUAUAUAUAGUCCUUGAUUCUAUGGGCAUGCAUUGGUAUUUUUAAAUUUUAAAUAUUAUAUAUGUUUUUGAAAGCUUAUCACUAUUAUGAAAAUAAUCGUAUUUCUCAAAAUCUUCAUUCUACAUAAAGUAGUUUUAUAAACAUAUAUUUAAAAAAAACUCUUGAUCUUCCUGAGGGUAUGUCAGCUUUUAAUGUAAAAAUGUUUGUGAUGUUUUACUUGAUAUUUACAGGACCAAAAAAAAAAACAUUUUUUGUUAUUUUACAGUGCAUAAAUCUGUUAUUUUAGGUUUGCAGUCAGCAAACCGAUGCCAUAUAAAACAUAUAUUUUAAAUCAGUACAGUUAUGUCAUAGUUCACUGUUUUUAAUAAUCAUGUUAUUGCUAAGAGGUGAUAUUCCUAUUAUUUCCAGUAUAAUAUGUUUACCAAGUUUGAUUAUUUUAAUAAAUUGUGUUUUUGUUUUGAAA